AGCCGUUCUCCGGCAGCCGCUCAGCCCCCUGCCCCGCGCCUCCCGCCUCCCGCCGCUAGCCGGGGCCCCGGCCGAGGAUGCGGCGCAGCGCCCCAGCGGCCAGGAUCGCUCCGCUCCGGCGCGCACGCUAACUUCCCCGGCUCCAGCCCUGUCUGCUCUGGGCCGCCCCGUCUCUCCGAGCCCUCCGGGAUCGGGUCCUCCAGGUGCCCCCGGCACUUGCUUCCCCAUACCCCUGCUGCCUGUCCGAUCGCCCCGCGCUCCCCGCCUGCGCCCGUGCCCGUGUGCCUGGUCCCUGCCCGGUCAUGCUGCCCUUUUGCCUCGUGGUGGCCCUCCUGUUGGCCGCCGGGCCCGGCCCGAGCCUGGGCGACGAAGCCAUCCACUGCCCACCCUGCUCCGAGGAGAAGCUGGCGCGCUGCCAACCCCCCGUGGGCUGCGAGGAGCUGGUGCGGGAACCUGGCUGUGGUUGUUGUGCCACUUGCGCCCUGGGCUUGGGGAUGCCCUGCGGGGUAUACACCCCUCGUUGUGGCUCAGGCCUGCGCUGCUACCCGCCCCGGGGGGUGGAGAGGCCCCUGCACAUGCUGGUGCACGGGCAAGGGGUAUGCACGGAGCUGACAGAGAUCGAAGCCAUCCAGGAAAGCCUGCAGCCUUCUGACAAGGAUGAAGGUGAUCACCCCAACAACAGCUUCAGCCCAUGCAGUGCCCAGGACCUCAGGUGCAUACAGAAGCACUUCGCCAGAUUGAGAGACCGGAGCAGCAGUGGGGGCAAGAUGAAGGUCAUGGCACCUCGGGAGGAAGCUAGACCUGUGCCCCAGGGCUCCUGCCAGAGUGAGCUGCACCGGGCCCUGGAGCGGCUGGCCGCCUCCCAGGGCCGUACCCACGAGGACCUCUUCAUCAUCCCCAUCCCUAACUGUGAUCGCAAUGGCAACUUCCACCCCAAACAGUGUCACCCAGCUCUGGAUGGGCAGCGCGGCAAAUGCUGGUGUGUGGACCGGAAGACAGGAGUGAAGCUUCCAGGGGGGUUGGAGCCCAAGGGGGAGCUGGACUGCCACCAGCUGGCUGACAGCUUCCGAGAGUGAGGCCUGCCCACAGGCAGGGGGCACCCCCCAUUCUCUGGGGGCUGCAGAGUUGACCUGGAAUGGAGUCUGGGUCUGAGUCCUGGCUUUGUCUCUGGUCCCAAAGUUCCUUGAAGGUCUGUGUGUUUGUGUGUGUGUGUUUAGGGCAUGAGUAUGCCCUUGGGGUAAGCCGGAGCCUACAAUAUCCUCUUUGGGGAUAGAUAACCCAAGAGGUCUGAGAGUGGCAAUGGAAAACCCCAGUGUGUUUCCAAAUCGAUCCUGGACUCAUUCAUUCAUUCAUUCAUUCACUCAUUCAUUCAGCAUCUACAGACAUUUAUUGACCACAUACUGUGUGCCAGCUCUAGUUUUCAGCCCUGGCAACCCUCAUCCUACCUUCCUCUGAUGUGGCAUAAAUUCCUAUGAAGUGAGUGCAAGCCUGUGGAAGAGGAGGGAACCUCACCUCCAGAGUCAGAGAGGAAGAGAGUGGCAUACUUUGACAGUUGUCCCUCCCCUCAGUCUAGCCAGAGGGUGGGAGCCAUCAGGAAGUGAAGGAUGCUGAUGGCUCAGGGCUCUUGAGGCCCAGCCCUAGCUUUAGUCCCUGCAGCUAAGGUUGACUGGGCUCCCUGCCCUUCUUCCCCAGGUCUUACCAGGGAAAGACCUGGUGAAUGAGCGGCAGGCCCACCUUUGGGUUCUGGGUAUUAUGUCGUGCACUUGGUUGCCUCAGAGCUGAGACUCUGCCAUUAGGAGAUAGGGUCAGAGGAAGACCUGCCGGACAGAGGGCUUACACAGUCAGUGGGAAGAAAGAAUACAGGAUUGGAUUGAGUGUGCCUGAUGGACAAGAGGACCCCAUGCUGGGGGAUGAGGGCCUUGCCUACCCUAUUUGUAGUCACCAGGAUGACCCUAUCUGUCCAAUGCUUACUGCCUGUGGCUCUGUCUCUCUUCUCAUAUCUCAUUCCCUUAUACCUUCCUCUCCAUAUCCCAUUUCCCCUGGUUAUUUUCUGGCUUGGCUGUAUGGAAGGAGACAUAGGGACCUGUGGGUUGGCCAUGAUGUCUUUUCUUCCUUACUUUCCUUUUCUUCCCAUCUUUCUUUGUUGGUGUUUUUUUUUUAAACAAAACAAAACAA